AUGCAGUUUAAGCCAAUAAGAGAGCGACUCUGCUAUAUGAAAGGAGAGUGGUGUACCGACUCUGUGGUCUCAGCUCGUGCCCAGACGGAAUAUAAAGUCGGGGAAUUAAAGGAUAAAUUCCUGAGAAUACCCAAAUAUGAGAUGCUGAUUAUUUUAGGAUACUUUAAUGCCAAAGUCGGCAGAAAAGAAGCCUACCAAACAACUGUAGGCAAACAUAGCCUUCAUGACACCAUCAACAACAAUAUAACCAGACUUGUCGAUCUGGUUAUAUCCCACAACCUUCUAAUAAAAUCAAUCACAUUCAAACAUAAAAAUAUGCACAAGGAGACCUGGAUUUCAAAUGACUGGUUCACCAGAAACCAACUCGAUCAUGUCCUAAUAGAUAGAAGACAUGCGUUUUUGUUUGCCACAUGUCCAUUAAAAUCAAUUUUUGUUUCAGAUGGUUUAGAGCAAAAGUCCAGAGUUAAACGCCCACGGGCGCCUCCUCCUCCUGAUCCGGAAAAUGAUGUUGAUGGCGAUUUUGAUGAAAGAAACAAUGAUCUGAGCACAAAUUUCGUACCUGCCGGAUUCCUAAGCCCUUCAGUGCUGGAAUAUUUAGAAUUGGGCAAAUCCAUUCCAGGUCGACCAGGCACAGAUUAUCCAGUCUUAGGAAUGGUACCUUAUACCAACUUUUACUGUGAUGAGCAACAAUAUCCUGGCUUCUAUGCGGACCCGGAAACUCGGUGCCAAAGUUGGCACUAUUGCGAUAUUGAUGGUAGGCAGACGAGCUUUUUGUGCCCGAAUGGUACCCAGUUUAGUCAGCUGGUGUUCGUGUGCGAUUGGUGGUUUAAUGUGAGAUGCGAAUUAAGUGAAAAGUUGUAUGUGAUCAACAGCAGACUCUAUGGAAGACCAAAAUUGGAUCCAGCCAAGCCUCAUAGAAGCAUUACAAAACAGUUGCUAGAAGAUAUUUUUAAUGACGAAGAAAGACGCUAAAUAUCAAAUGUAGAUAGAGAUUUUGAGAGAUGCGAAUUGUUUGUAUUACUUUUCAAAUUUGUUUCGUUGAUAAUUCCUGUAAAUAUUCUUAUUGCAACCGAUUCCGAUCCGAGUUCGAAUAGUUAGGAACGUUUUUUGUGUUUUUCAGUUUACGUAGAUUAAGUUCUUCUCGAAUUAAUGCAUUAAGAAUAAGCGUUAAUUCAUUCAAAGAGAUUAUAUAUUAUAUUUAGUUUUAAUUAUGUUUAUAAGUGGCGAAAUAAUCUAGUUUUUAUAAACACUAGACUUACUUGGACACUAGAUAUACCUACUCACUUACUUAUUUUGUUAAGUAAAUUGUCCAGUUGCUUCACUUAAUUUUAUAAGUUACGCGUAUUUUUUUUAUAAUUAUUAUACAAAUGUUUUCAACUUUGAUUUAUCAAUUUUUCGAUUUUGUUCUUUUAGAUUAGUUUCCAUUUAGUGCGAUACAUAUAAUUUCAAUGAAAUAUUGUUUAUAUCUACCAUUUGGAAGUGAGCUUCUGCAUGCCAUCUUAUUAUAAGAAUAGUUAGCUGUUAGUGAACAUCACAAUACGCAAAUGGAAGAUUUUUCCUGCAUUUAAGAAACGUAAUUAAUAAGGCCACAAAUCCGGCGUGGGUUGUAAAAGUAACUAUUUUCAACAUUAUUACAAACAGGGGUAGUUUGUAGUUUGUGGAUUGUAGAAGUUGCUUUUUAGUGUUGAUAUAUCAAAGAUUUGUUAUAAGUGUG